GGAGUCUCACUCUGAUGCACAGGCUGGAGAGCAGUGGCGCAAUAUGGGCUCACUGCAACCUCCGCCUCCCGUUUUCAAACGAUUGUUUCAGCCUCCCAAGCAGCUGGGAUUACACGCGUGCAACACGACGCCCAGCUAAUUUUUGUAUUUUUGGUAGAGACGGGGUCUCGCCAUGUCGGCCAGGCUGGUCUCGAAUUCCUGACCUCAAGCCAUCCACCCACCUCGCCUCCCAACGUGCUGAGAUUACAGGCGUGAGCCACCGCGCCUGGGAAGUGUGGGAGGCCUUUUUAAAAAAUGUAAACUCGCGUGCUCAAGAAGCCCUCUCGGAGGGAAACACCCAGAAGAGGCCACCCUCCAAACACAGGGUAAAACAGGGGUGACGCACAGAGAUAACGGGAAAGCAGGAACGAGCGAGAGCGUGCGGUCCCGUACCUGCGCGUGCCUGCGUGCGCGUCCGUGCGGCCGCGACGUCGCCGCCGGUGCCUCUCUUUCUAGACGUGCGCGCGCCCGCAGCUCGCCCCCCGCGACCGUAAAGAGGCCCAGCUGUGUCGUGAAAGGGGCCGCAACGCGCAGAGCUCUGGUUGACUGCCGGGACUCCAUUUUGUUCGCCGUUACUCUGCGCACAUCGCUAUUGCGGUUCCGAGGCAGUGGGAAGAGAUGCGGCCCCUGGACAUCGUCGAGCUGGCGGAACCGGAGGAAGUGGAGGUGCUGGAGCCCGAGGAGGAUUUCGAGCAGUUUCUGCUCCCGGUCAUCAACGAGAUGCGCGAGGACAUCGCGUCGCUGACGCGCGAGCACGGGCGGGCGUACCUGCGGAACCGGAGCAAGCUGUGGGAGAUGGACAAUAUGCUCAUCCAGAUCAAAACGCAGGUGGAGGCCUCGGAGGAGAGCGCCCUCAACCACCUCCAGAACCCGGGCGACGCGGCCGAGGGCCGGGCGGCCAAGAGGUGCGAGAAGGCCGAGGAGAAGGCCAAGGAGAUUGCGAAGAUGGCAGAGAUGCUGGUGGAGCUGGUCCGGCGGAUAGAGAAGAGCGAGUCGUCGUGAGCGCGGUCGGCGGUUUACAGCCAGUGGAUUCUGGUCAACUGGUGGAGAUUGGCUGACACCCUGGAGAAGCCGAAACCAGAGAGCCUUUUGUUUUCUCUUUUUUCCUCUGUCUAUGCUCUGUCUCACUUAACACUACGUUUUCUGCUAUGGUCUGUGGUUGAUGACCUCAAUAUGAGUUUCGAUUGUUAACGUGUUUUUGUUUGGGAAGUAAUUUUGUUUGAAAAUGCUCUCACAUACAGGAAUUAGGGCCUAGAUUGUAAGCUCUUGCAGCAGUCACAUUUGUUCCCGGGCUUUGGUUGUUAUUUCUAAAUUUUUGAGGUGCUUUGCUAUAUCUUGUGUGACCUGAUAGCUCCCUGGAACUUUGGGUCUGUGUGUGACACAUGAGACUCACAGUUGGAGUUCUCCAGCUCUGGAGGUGCUGAAGGAGCUGCAUUAAUUCUGGAAGACGACUCCAUGCAGCAACUACUGAAGAAAGGACCAGACUUCAACGGGGAGUGUGGAUGGGCCGACCUGGCUGGGACUCGUGAAUCUGGAGAAGAGCUGGAGAAUGGAAGUAUUGUCUGUAUUUGGAGACUUUAAUUUCUGUGUGAGACCAAAGGAGGAGAGAUGUAUUUUGUUCAAAAUUUAAAUUUGUUGUGGUACACUAUCUUAUGUAACCUGUCUGGUGAGUUUGUUUGGACAACCUAACUCAGCUUUAUUUGACAUGGAACCUAAAAUAGAAGAUAAGAUCUUGAUAUUCUGUACAAGUUGAUGUAAUACCCUGAUGCGUUUUAGAGGACUUGGCAUAAAAUGAAAGAUUGGCAAAGGCCCUUGAGGGGCUCGGGGAUGAGAGUAUGGAACUGUCUGCAUUGGACCCUAAACUGGACUGGAAGAGGCAUCUUCAAGGUUCAUACGUUGUCCAGCUGUAAGUUCAUUUGAGUAGCAGACCUAACAAAUAUUUGAGGUCAAAACCCUACCAUGUUAAAACAAAAAAAAACUUACCAUGUUAAUAAAAGUAUUCAUUUGCCUGAAAA